CAAGACCGGCCCGUUCGUGAAAUUGAAGGGAUGAAAUUGGACGUUUGUCCAGAACUUUGUCGCCGGCGUUCGGCAGAGGCAUGGCGUCGUACUUCGCAACAACCGGGCCGGCCGGAAUCGGUGUUCUUAACAGAAAACACUACGGGUCUGAAUUGCGAAGCGUCCCUCUCCUGGACCCGUCCUCAAUCUCUUUCCUCAGAGUUGCGCAAUCCAUUUGCCGCCAGAAACUGGACGUUUCUCACAAACGUAGAGCCACUCCCGGCGGAUCUCCGGGCCUGUACUCGUCGCAGCAGUUCGAGCUCACUCCGGAAAACGUGGAUAAGGUUCUUGACGACGUUCGCCCUUACCUCAUCGCAGACGGAGGAAACGUCGAUGUAGUGGCCGUCGAGGACGGCGUUGUUUCUCUCCAGCUUCAAGGAACAUGUGGGAGUUGUCCUAGUUCAACAACCACAAUGAAAAUGGGAAUUGAAAGAGUGCUGAAAGAAAAAUUUGGAGAUGCUCUCAAGGACAUCCAACAAGUGAAUUUAGAAAACAUAACUGAGACUACUGUUGAGGCGGUGAAUGCGCAUCUUGACAUCUUAAGGCCUGCCAUUAGGAACUAUGGAGGGAGUGUGGAUGUUGUAUCGGUCGAGGGGAAUGGGGAUUGCCACGUGAAGUAUGUGGGACCAGAAUCCAUUGGGUCCGGCAUCAAAGCGGCAAUCAAAGAAAGGUUCCCAAACGUUGUUAAUGUUGUGUUUACUUGCUAGAUAGGAAAUUCCAUCGCUCUUUUUGUUACGCAUUUUGCUUGUACAUUUUCAUUGUGAGUGUGAAAGUAAGAAGCAAAAGAAGUUUUGCGUGUGUCAAUUACAACUCCUUUAGCUCCAUUGGAAAUAGACAUUAAGCGUGAAUAAAGAAAAAAAAUCUAAAUUA